AUGGCUGACGAGGAGAGUCGGCCACUGCUGGACGAGCAGGCUAGGUCCCCUUCGCCAGGUCCAUCGUCAGGAACCGCCACUCGUCCCGACCAGCCUCGCCGCUCAUUUGAACUAUCAUCUGAAUCAACACCAUUACUUCAUCGUCGCAACGACGACAUUGUCACAUAUGGAACCGAACAAAGACUGUCCGAGUCAGAGUUGGUGGAUGACAAUGCCCCUGCCCCCAAGAAUCGCAGCCGAGUGCGGUGGCCAACUGUGAUAUCCCUCGUGGCGCUAACCACCGCUGUCUUGGCGAUUCUGAUAUUUGCCUUUGCUGCACCGGCAAUAGUCAAGGAAUACGCUCAACAAGCAGCAGUCUUCAAGCCCACCGCGCUCUCGAUCGAUUCUACGACAGAAGAUGGCAUAAGAGCUCGAGUCCAAGGCGAUUUCGUCAUGGAUGCCGGUCGCGUGAAGACCAAGUCGAUGCGUGACAUUGGGCGCUUCAUGACCUGGAUUGCCCGAGAGGUUGAGACGGGCGAGUCAGAUAUUAAAGUGUACCUCCCAGAGUAUGGAAACAUUCUCGUUGGCAAUGCGCAUUUGCCAUCUAUUAAAGUCAACAUUCGCAAUGGGCAUCAGACCCAUGUCGAUUUCCUGACCAACUUGACUGCGGGAGACAUCAAGGGUCUGCAUUCAAUCGCUAGAGAUUGGAUAGAAGGAAGGCUAGCACGUUUGAGUGUGCGAGGCAAGGCAACCCUGCAUUUGAAAUCAGGCCUCAUAGGCCUCGGUACUCAGACCUUGACGGAUACCGUCACAUUUGAAGAAAAUGAUUUCCCUGCACUCCCAACGAUAGACAUCACCAAACUCAAUGUGCAUGAUGCCGCACACGGAGCCUUAGCAGUGGAUGUGCAAGUAUCUGCAGGCAUUGACUCUCCUGUUGCUCUUAUAAUUCCCUCACUCGAAUUUGCAGUCUUUGUACCAAAUUGCUCGCCUGGCGAUCCUUAUAUCUUGGUUGCCGAUGCCAAAACAGCCGAGGUACAAGUCCGUCCAGAUGCACCAACUGUAAUCAACGCCCAGGGCCUCAUCAAUCAACUUCCUGAUGAGCUGACCAAAACAUGCCCGGGAGGAAAUGGCUCACCAUUGGACUUUUUGGUCUCAAAUUAUGUACAAGGUCUCCAGUCCACUAUUUACGUUCGUGGUGCAGAUUCACCAUCGACUACAACACCGGCGUGGAUUGCCGACCUUCUACGCAGUGUUACCGUGCCGCUGCCCUUCGCAGGAAACCCGCUGGAUGACCUUAUGAAGAACUUUACCAUGACAGACACGCAUUUCUCCCUGCCUAAUCCAUGGGCGGAACCAGGGUCUCCAGAGUCGCAGCCCACAGUAUCUGCCCUGGUAAAGGUGCUCAUCGGGUUGCCGGAUGAGAUGAAUGUCCAAGUGGAGGUCCCAAGCGUUCGCGCUCUUACGAACGUCUACUAUCAUGGCGAGGAACUAGGCGUCCUGAACAUUGACAAAUGGCAAGACGCUAACUCGACAAGGGUGGAGCUCGAGGAUGGUUCCUCAGCGCUACUUGUGGAGUUCCCCAUCAAGGACGCCCCAUUACAAGUAACGGACAACGAUCUGCUAGCGCAGGUUGUUCAAGAGAUGCUUUUUGGUAGCACGGGAGUCAUCCUGCAUGUUGCUGCUACCGUAGAUGCGAAGGUCGAGACGGGAUUGGGUCGCUUCGCCGUGCACGGGAUUCCGGGAGAAGGAAACGUGCCCGUUAACAUUCCGGCUGGGAAUUCUAUUGGCCAAAUCAAUCCCACCAUCGCGUCGAUGGAAUUGGGCGAUACCACUGAAACUUCUUUGGACGUAUCUGUUCGAAUGAACUUUACGAACCCAACCAACUAUUCUGCGACUAUUCCAUUCUUUGAUGUUGAGAUGCUAUUCAACGAUACGGCUAUAGCCCAUGUUUUCGCCCGCAAUCUAUCAGUAGUCCCUGGGAACAACACCAAUGUCUCGAUCCAGAUGACGUGGGAUCCAUUCAGCAACGGCGGUGAAGCUGGUGUAGAAGCUGGGCGGAAAUUUGUUUCGUCGUACAUAUCAGGAGCCCAUAUGACUUUGAGCAUAAAAACCCACGAAGGGACUUUCCCUACGCUUCCAGACCUGGGUAAAGCUCUUUCAGUCUUCUCGUUCGAAGUUCCUGUUCCACACAUGUCAAUGCCUCGAGCGCCAGGCGACGAGGAUGAUGACGACGAUAAACCUCCGCGUUUUAUACAGGAAGCCACACUCCACUUUUUCUCUUCUACAGCUGAAUUCACCGUGUUCUCCCCCUCAGUCGAGACCAGUAUCACCAUCACGUCAAUGGAUGCAACAGCAUAUUAUGACGGCGAUGAACCAGUCGGCCACAUCAACUACCACCGAUCAUUCGAUGUCCCGCCAGGCAUUUCCCAUUCACCUCGGUUACCUGUUGACCUAGUAUUAGGCGGAGUUGGAUAUGAUGCCUUGCGUAAGGCUCUUGGGCAGGAGUUGGUGUUGGAUGCUGUUGCUAAGGUUGGUGUGCGGGUUAAGAAUUACGCUGAUAUUGUUAAUUAUCAUGGGAAUGGGCUUGCGGCGAAGGUAAGGGUUUGA